GUGCAAAAUUCUAGAUCAAGUAAAUGUAGCUCGCAUAUUGAAACUGUUGAUUUAUUAACUGACUGAAUUAGGUUUUCAGUUUUCAAAAAUUUUCACAUCCUGUGUCAUAACAAAUGUAAUAGAUUUGUGCCAAUCUGAAAUGUUUAUCUUAAUAAUUAAUGUUUUUUAAUUGGAAGGAUAUUUAAACUUUUUAUGUUUUUGAUCUGUGUAUUCAUGUACAUAGGUCUUAGUAACAUAAAAAAUAACACUUGAAUUUGAUUGCAGAUGAUUGUAUGGAGAAGUGAAUACAACAUUUUUAGGAACAGCUUAGAAAGGAAAUUCUUGUAUAUCAACAGCAAGACAGAGGAAGAUUGUUAAGAGAGUCUGUUAUAUUACAUUGCUUCAAUUUAUGAUCAACCACAAUUACUUACUGAGAAAAGAUAUAAGAAAGAUCAUAUGCCUAUAUCCAUCUAUCUAUUUUUGUUAACUGUUUGUACAUUUUGUAUAGUUGCCAAGUCAUACCAACUUUACUUGGAAGACAAACCAUUUUCAGUGGAGCUGGCAAUAUAAAGCAUCUUUCUUUUCCAGCAAAUGCAAGUAGUAACAGAAUUAAAAACAGAGCAGGAUCCAAACUGUUUAGAAACAGAUGCAGGAGGAUUGAGUCCUUCCCCAGUUGAAUCUCAGACACCGAUGGAUGCAGACAAGCAAGCUAUUUACAGGCAUCCACUGUUUCCCUUAUUAGCACUGUUAUUUGAAAAAUGCGAACAAUCUACACAGGGUUCAGAAGGCACAACAUCUGCAAGUUUUGAUGUAGAUAUUGAAAACUUUGUUAGGAAACAGGAGAAGGAAGGAAAACCCUUUUUUUGUGAAGAUCCAGAAACAGAUAAUUUAAUGGUAAAAGCAAUUCAGGUUCUACGAAUUCAUCUGCUUGAGCUAGAAAAAGUUAAUGAGCUCUGUAAAGAUUUUUGUAGUCGCUAUAUUGCAUGUCUAAAGACUAAAAUGAACAGUGAAACUCUGCUAAGUGGGGAAUCUGGGAGUCCUUAUUCACCAGUACAACCCCAGUCCAGCAACUUUAAACAUGAUAAAGAUAGCUUGGAUUUGCUGGAGCAGCUGUCUUCAUGGAAAGAGUCACCAGAAAAUCCAAUUCAAAGUGCCAUCACAGGUACACUAAGUCCCCAGGGGAUUGUGGUACCUGCAUCAGCCCUACAGCAGGGAAAUGUAACUAUGGCAACGGUUGCAGGUGGCACAGUAUAUCAGCCAGUAACAGUGGUCACACCUCAAGGACAAGUAGUAACACAAGCACUGUCCCCUGGAACAAUCAGGAUCCAGAAUUCACAGCUCCAGUUACAAUUAAACCAAGAUUUAAGCAUCUUGCAUCAAGAUGAUGGAUCAUCAAAGAAUAAAAGGGGCGUUCUUCCAAAACAUGCUACAAACGUGAUGAGAUCUUGGCUUUUCCAGCAUAUAGGGCAUCCAUAUCCAACAGAAGAUGAGAAAAAACAGAUAGCAGCACAAACAAAUCUUACCUUACUCCAGGUUAACAACUGGUUUAUCAAUGCUAGAAGGAGAAUUCUCCAGCCAAUGUUGGAUUCCAGCUGUUCUGAAACACCAAAAACCAAGAAGAAAACAGCCCAAAACCGACCAGUUCAGAGGUUCUGGCCAGACUCCAUUGCAUCAGGAGUAGCUCAGCAUCAAUCAAAUGAACUUACUAUGUCAGAUGGGGCUGUUGUAACAAUUACAGCUCCCGUCAACAUGAAUGUAGACAGUCUCCAAUCGCUUUCAUCUGAUGGUACUACUUUGGCUGUUCAGCAAGUCAUGAUGGCAGGGCAAAGUGAGGAUGAAUCUGUAGACAGCACGGAAGAUGAUGGAACAGACCUCUCAACUACAAAUAUCAGUGGGCUGGCCUUGGAUAACAGUGAUUCUCUGCAAUAGGAAGCAAGAGGACCCGACCUAAAAUAUUAGGAAAGACAAUGGACUGACUGACUUUUUAUAGUUUGCACAGCAAACAUUUUACACAAGUUUUAUUUCUAAUAUGUUUUAUAUGUAGAUAUAGAAGAGUGCACUUUUUUGUAUUUCAUAGUAAGCUUAAAGAGUGUCUUUGCAGGUGCAGCAACUUCUUUCAAAUGUGUUGUUUUUUGGUUUUAAUUUUGAAAAUCUAGUAAGUUAAAAAAUUAUCAUCCCAUUUGUUUUCCUAAAGGUAUUAUUUCAUUCACACACAACAAAAGCUGAGUCAAGCUGAAAAAAAUGUGUAUAAUGGGGUUGCAGACAUGGGGUAAAAUGGUGGCUGCCUGGAAUGUGAGUUAGUUUUACAUUAGCAUGGAUUUAAACUUACCCAAACCAGACAAUUACUAUGUUACUCAGUUCCUUGCUGUUCUAUAAUAUCAUAAGAUCUGCAAUUUUCAAACAUACAACAUUGCACUGCUAUGGGAGAACUGAAAAUACUUUUUAUCUUGUUGAAAGUAACCAGUUUCAGUUCUGUCAUUUUAACAAAGGUGAUUAAUGUAAAUGUAAAGCAUGUCAAACUAAUGUAUGGGAUUUGUUUAUGAAGUUAGCCAUGUAGAUUUGAAAGAUGCUUCUGCACCUUAAAAAAGGAAAUUAACUGCCUGUCUAAAAUGGGCAACAUAAUACGGAAAAAAAGAAAGAAGUGAAAAUGUGUGAUUCCUAAAGAAUGCAUGGCAUUUACUAUAAACUUAAUUUCUUCAGGAGGAGUUAGGUGGACAACUCUAGAUCUCAUUGUACCUUUAAAAUUUCCUGUUCGUAUGGCUACCACAGCUUUUUUCUCAACAAAUUUUCUUCCUUUUUUAUUCAUUUGCCUAGUGGCUCCUUUUCUUUUCUUCUUUCCCCCUUUCCUUUCCUUUCCUUUUAUUCUCUUUUCUUCUUUUCUUUUCAGCAAAUAAGGUGAGGUUAGAAUGGCAAUAAAAGAAAUAACAGGAGCCAGAAGAAGCCAUGAUUGUAGCUCUCUUCUGGUUAUGCAUUCCAGUGUAGAAUUCACCAUGUAAGAAGCAGCAAACCACUCCUACCCUGUCUUAGUAGCAGUGGUGACAUCACUGAUCUCCACUAGUGUGACAUGAUUGUCUACAAUAUGGAGUUUGACAAUGCAUGUUUUUUUUUUAAAAAAAACCUUACAUGUAAAAGAAGGCUUCCAACUGUUAACAGCCAUGCCAUAUUCAAAAAUAACUGGCUGUUAAUGGAUAUUAGAACACAAUAUAAAGAGUGAAAAGAUUAU